AUGCUUAGUCGAACCGAACACAGAGGCGUAUGCAGUCUGCUGUCAUCAGUGAUGUCCGGAACAGAGGCACAUGCAGACAGACAGGAGGACUAUCGGUUCCUCCACAGCAUGUUGAUGGAGAAGAAACUACAUCUUCUCUUCAAGAUCCACGAGCGUCUGAAACGCUUCAAGAAGCGUGGUCCUAUCCCAGCCCGUGACCAGGCCUCCACGCUGGUGCCCAACCUUGUAGAUGAGUUGUCAAAUUACUCCACAGUCCAGGGGGAGGAGCUGCUGUCCCUUCUCUGCGAGCCUCACUUCAAGAGCCUCCUGUGGGUGCACGAUGCUGUGGCCCAGCAUCAGUUUGAACCCCAACUGCCACCGCUACCCGAGAACAUUCUGGAAGAGAGCGACGACUCGGUCAAGAUCGUCAGUCUGGUGAAGAGUGCAGAGCCACUGGGAGCCACCAUCAGGCGGGACUGCUCCACCGGGGCCAUCCUCGUGGCCAGGAUCCUGAAGGGCGGCGCGGCGGACAAGAGCGGGCUAAUCCACCAAGGAGACGAGCUGAGAGAGGUGAACGGAGUCUCGCUGGAUCACAAGACGCCACAGGAGAUCCUCCCUCUCCUUGCGAGUUCUCAGCGGGAGGUAAAACUCAAAGUGAUUCCUGCUGACGUCCACACCGAGCAGGCGGCCAAUAGGAAGCAUGAGUUGUUUGUGAGGGCUCUGCUGGACUACGACCCAGAGAAGGACCCGUGCGUCCCGUGUAGAGAGGUGGCGCUGACCUUCAGGAGGGGCGACGUCCUGCAGGUGCUCAGCAAGGAGGACGACACCUGGUGGCAGGCCCGUCACCACGGAGACCACGACUCCUGGGCGGGGCUUAUUCCCUCAGAACAGCUCCACCAAAGGAGGCUGGCGUUGCAGCAGCCCCAGGCCCUGUUCCCGUCCGGGUGCCUCCAGCCUCCAGAAGACGACGAAGAGGAUGUGGACUAUGGGGCGAUAUCAGGAGUCCGUGUUGCCGGUCAGAGGAGGAGCUUCAGGCUGGGCCGGAGGGGCGGUCACGGGACGGACCCCAGGAGGAGGAGGGCCGCUGGGCUGGAGGGCCUCACCCGGGCCCCCGCCUACCUGGAGGUGGUCCCCUUCCGCAGGGGCCCCAAAGACCGGCCGCGCCUGGUCCUACUAGUGGGGUCCCCGGGGGUCGGUGUGAGCGAGCUCCAGCGAAGGCUGCUGGUUUCUGACCCCGAGCAGUACGGUGUCACCGUACCAUAUACAUCACGGAUGACAAGAAUAAAAGAACAAAAUGGAGUGGACUACUACUUUGUCUCACAGCGCCAGUUUGAAGAAGACAUCCUGAACCAUAGGUUCAUAGAGUAUGGGAUGUACCGGGGCCAUUAUUAUGGGACCAGUCUGGACUCUGUGGCUGAAGUGAUGGCCGAGGGGAAGAUGUGCCUGGUCAAUCUACACCCGGCUGCCAUAAAGAGUGUGUACACGUCCGAGUUCCGACCGUACGUGGUGUUUGUGAGGCCGCCGCGGCUGGAGGAGCUGCGCUUCACCCGGAGGAGAGCCAAGUUUAUCUGCCCACCCGAGGAGGGCUCAGGGCAGGCCAGAACCUUCUCAGAAGAAGACUUUGAGGACAUGAUCGUCUCGGCCGAAGACAUGGAAACCGAACAUAGUCACAUGUUCGACAAGGUGGUUGUCAACGGCGACCUGACCACGGCGUUCAGAGAGCUGCGGGCGGCCCUGGAGCAGGCGUCGGGGCCGAACCUCCAGUGGCUCCCUGCGGAGUGGGGCCCUGCGGAGUGGGUCCAGGGCCCGCCCGCUGAAGCCAGGGGGUCACAGGACCACGUGGCAGGCUGGAGGUAG